CAAGAGGAGAUUACUACCUUUGCAUGCAAAAAAUGAGCUACAAUCUCUUCCUCCUGGCUUUUGUCCUGGGCAUUGGUGGAGCUUUCCAGUAUGGGUUGCAGGUCUCCAUUAUCAAUUCUCCUGCUGAGUACAUCAAAAGUUUCAUGCGUGAGACCUGGCUGAAGAGAUACGGCUCCUUUCCCAAUGAAGAAAUGAUUACUUUGAUGUGGUCCUUUGUUGUGUCCAUUUACAGCAUUGGUGGGCUUCUAGGGUCCUUGUCUGCUGGAUAUUUGUCUGUUAGAUUUGGAAGGAAGAAGGCCAUGCUGUUCACCAAUAUCCCUGCUCUGCUGAGUGCAACUCUGAUGGGACUCAGUAGGUUGUGUGGAUCCUUUGAGAUGAUCAUUGCUGGAAGAUUAUUUUCUGGAGUGUGUGGAGGUUUAGCUCUGAAUAUACAUCUCAUGUAUGUUGGGGAAUGUGCCCCACGGAAGCUCCGCGGGCUGAUUACCAUAACAGCUUCCACUUCUGUUGCUACUGGAAAAUUUGCAGGAUUUGCUCUGGGUCUCAGAGAAGUUCUCGGAGUAGAUGCUCUCUGGCCUAUUCUUAUGGCAGUCAAUGCACUUCCUGCCCUCGUUCAGCUUCUCACCCUCCCCUUCUUCCCAGACUCUCCCCGCUACCUGCUCAUUGACAAAAAGGACAAGGAGGGGUGCAUGAAAGCUCUGAAGCAGCUCUGGGGAGACGGUGACCAUAUGGCUGAAAUAAAUGAUAUGAUGGCAGAGCAAGAAGCCAUCCGUGGGGAGAAGACUAAGAGUGUUUGUGAUCUUUUUCUUGACAAAGCUGUCCGUUGGCAGCUCAUCACGCUCUUCCUUGUCUCUUCAUGCAUGCAGUUAAUUGGCGUCAAUGUGGUUUACUUUUAUGCCUACAAUGUUUUUAUAAAGGCUGGAAUCCUCCCUGCUCAAACCCACUAUGUCUCCCUGGGAGUUGGGAUCACUGAGAUCCUCACCACCGUUGCCUGUGGUUUCCUAAUUGAGCGUGCAGGGAGGAAGACACUGCUGUGGAAAAGCUACAUUGUUAUGGCCUUGGCUUUAGGGUUUCUCACAGUCACGCUUUCACUACAGGAUUCCUUUUACUGGGUACCAUAUUGCUCUGUUGCACUCAUCUUUAUUUUCAUCAUGAGCUUUGGCAUUGGGCCAGCUGCAGUAUUAUGCCCCUUGGCCACAGAAAUAUUUAUUCAGUCAUACAGACCAGCUGCUUAUGUUUUUAAUGGGGCUACAAACUGGAUUCAACUCUUCAUCCUUGGACUUUUGUUCCCUUUCAUUGUGGAAGGUCUUGGUAGUUUCUGUUUCAUCAUUUUCCUGACAUACUGCUUGUCCAUGGCUCUCUUUGUCUUCCUGGUGAUGCCAGAGACCAAAGGAAAGACCAUGCUGGAAGUCAUGGAGGAGUUCAAUCGCCUGAACUACCGUGGAAGGAAGAGACAGACAGCCCUACAGCAGAGUAACUGCUCAGUGAUGAUUGCUACUAGACUUUAGUAACAAACUCUCCACUCCAUAUUUUGCUCUUUUACUACCAUAGCGCCCAGAAGCCUCACUAAGCAAGAGAGAAUCUAUUGCUCCACAAACAGCAUAAAUGUGUAUUUUAAAAAUAAUCACCUGCAGUGCAGGGUGCAGGCAGGCUGAACUUGGUGGUUCUCUCCAGCUGCUGAAAUAGUAGCUGAAUUAAAUCCUCUGCAGAAAAAGAUUAAGCACAGUGUAUGAAGAAAUAAGAUCUUUGUCAGUCCCUGCAAGUUAGCAGCUAUGUAAGCUGAAAACACAGGAUCAGUUGUUUUUCUUACCAAAACCAGGACUCCACAGUUAUUGGAGGAAGUGAGCGUGGAAGGUUCAGAAGUACAGCAUACUUGUGAAACUGAGAGAAAAAGAAGACAGAGCUUCCACGCUGAAAUUAUCUGCUCCUAUUAACAAGUCAGUGUUGCUGAGCCUUCCCAGAGAAGGAGAUUCAGUCCAGAUGAAAAGAUGUGUUUAGCUCUUUAAUCCAGUGGAAGAAGACUGCUGUGCCUAUCAGUAGACAGAAUCAGUAUGCAAUGUUUUCCCCUCUUACAAUUAGACUUGAGAGCAAGUACAUGGUAUAGGGGCAACUAGGACUUUCUUGAGGAGCUUACAACCACAC